AUGCGGACGUUGCGGUCACUGAUUCGUGUCAGGCCAACCCCUGUUCCGUUCUCCGCGUUUCUUUCCUCGUUUCCCCAUCCAAGCGUCGCCUCGGGCGCCCUCGAGGGCUAUGUCUUUGCUUACUUCACCGGCAACACGCGCCAGGGCGAGAAGAUCUACUUUGCGGCGAGCAAGGGCAACAACGCCCUGCAGUGGGAGCAGCUCAACGGCGGGCAGCCCGUGCUGACGUCGACGCUCGGCACGACGGGCCUGCGCGACCCCUUCCUGAUCCGCUCGAGCGACGGGACCAAGUUCUUCCUCAUUGCGACCGACCUGUCCAUCGGCUCGGGUACGUCCUGGGGCGACUCGGUCCGCACGGGCAGCCGGUACCUCGAGAUCUGGGAGUCGGCCGACCUCGUCAACUGGUCUGCGCAGCGGCACGUCCAGGUGAGCCCGGCCAACGCGGGCAACACGUGGGCGCCCGAGGCGUACUGGGACGACACGCUCCAGACGUACGUCGUCUUCUGGGCGUCGUCGCUCUACGCCGACAACGACCCCAACCACACGGGCAACUCGUACCACCGCAUGCUCUACGCCACGACGCCCGACUUUGUCACCUUCAGCGCCCCCCAGAUCUGGCAGGACGCCGGCACCUCGCGCAUCGACUCGACCGUCAUCAAGGUCGACGGCGUCUACCACCGCUUCACCAAGGACGAGGGCGCCGGCGGCACCGGCUGCACCGACAUUAUCCAGGAGCGCUCGACCUCGCUGACGGCCUCUCUCGCCUCGUGGACCAUCGAGGACACCUGCAUCGGUCGUGACGCCGGUACCUCUGCCGUCGAGGGCCCGACCGUGUUCCGCGCCAACCCCAACGACGCCAACGGCCAGACCUUCUACCUCUUUGUCGACGAGUACGGCGGCCGCGGCUACAUCCCCCUCGCCACGAGCGACAUCUCCAACCCCAACUGGAAGGUUCCUGCCUCGUACAGCCUGCCCACGAGCCCUCGCCACGGCUCCGUCGUGCCCAUCACCGCCGCCGAGCUCGCCGUGCUCAGGGCUGGCAAGGCCACCGCCGCUGUCGAUGAGAAGCGCGAAGUCGCCAAAGAUUCGUCGUCGUCCACCACCACCACCACCACGACACAUCUGUCCAAGCGCUCCACCAUCAUCCCAGGCCUCUACGCCGACCCGAACAUUGCCAUCUUCGGCAAGACGGCCUACAUCUACGCCACGACCGACGGCACCCCGGGCUGGGGCGGCAACACCUUCUACGUGUGGAAGUCGACCGACCUCGUCUCCUGGACGCGCACUGCCCAGCCCUUUCUCACCCUCAACGGCACGAGCGGCAAUGUCCCCUGGGCCACGGGCAACGCGUGGGCGCCCACCAUCAUUGAGCGCGAGGGCAAGUACUACUUUUACUUCUCUGGCCAGAACCCGACGUACAACCGCAAGACGAUCGGUGUGGCCGUCUCCACGUCGGGUCCCGAGGGGCCUUUUGUCGCGCAGCCCACCGCUAUGAUCCUGAACAAUGAGUCCGCCUCCGUCACCACGGGCCAGGCCAUUGACCCGGCGGUCUUCCACGACCCCGUGUCGGGCAAGUACUACCUGUACUGGGGCAACGGCAAGCCCGUGGUGGCCCAGCUCAACGACGACAUGGUGUCGGUCAACUGGUCCACACUGGCCGCCGUCUCCGGGCUGACCGACUUCCGCGAGGGCUCGUUUGUCGUGUACCGCGCGGGCUUGUACCACAUGACGUACUCGAUCGACGACACGGGCAGCGAGAACUACCGCGUCGGCUACGCCACCGCGACCCAGCCCCAGGGCCCGUUCACGUACCGCGGCGUCGUGCUCAGCAAGGACACGAGCCAGGGCAUCCUGGCCACGGGCCACGACAGCGUCGUGCAGAUCCCCGGCACCGACGAGUGGUACAUGGCGUACCACCGGUUCAGCAUCCCCAACGGCGACGGCACCCACAGGGAGACCACGAUUGACCGCGUGUAUUUUGAUGAUGCCACGGGCUUGAUGAAGACGGUCGUGCCGACGCUCAAUGGCCCGCCUGCUCGCCCUCUGUAG